CGGGAAGGGCCGCGCCUCACGCAGCCCGGGAGGGCGCACACCGCGCGGGAAGCGGGAAUGGGGGAUGUCCGUGCUGGGGGAGUGUGGUGCCCACAGAAAAUGUGACCACAAAUGACCGCUAUGUGUGGAGAAGGGACUCUGCCAGCAGAGGAGACAUCCUGAAAAUGGGAUCAUUUUCAGCUGCCUCUCUCUGCAACAGCAUCUCUCAUCUGGCUGUUAAGUACCAAAGAAGCUUCCAGCACUACACACAACCCCUGGAGCUCCCCUUCCUCCUGGACAGACCUUUGGAAGGAUUCCCCAUUUUGUGCUGUGCAGUUCCACGCCUGAUGUUCCAGAUCAGCCAACUGCUGAGCAAGUGAAGUCUUCAGUGGCUUCUGGACACAGUUCUGAGUUUUGAACCCUUAGGAAAUGCAUUUGCCACGGAGGAGGCGGCUACGGAGGAACCGAAUCCUUUUCUUGCUUGCCAUAGUGUUGGUCCUCUCUUUCUACCAGCUCCAGUUCAGCCCCUCUGCCCUUCCAGCAUCACACAGAGCCCCCCAACCCAUGGACCCUGCCAAAGUGACCUCCAGGGACCUCCCCAGCAACAAGACUGCUGUAAGAGGCAAUGCCACAGCACCCCAAAUAAAGCACUGUAUCUAUGUGGAUCCUGAGCCAGCUGUGCCCACGUCAGUGGCUACACCACCACAGCAAGAAAAUGCCAGUGAAAGCUCCCCAGAUGAAAAACCACCCUAUGAGUCCAAAGGAGAAUAUCCCCAGGACCUGUUCAGUGUGGAAGAACGCAGGCAAGGGUGGGUUGUACUUCACAUCUUUGGCAUGAUGUAUGUGUUUGUGGCCUUGGCCAUAGUGUGUGAUGAGUAUUUUGUCCCCGCUUUGGGAGUGAUCACUGAGAAGCUGCAGAUCUCCGAAGACGUGGCUGGAGCCACCUUCAUGGCAGCAGGUGGAUCAGCACCAGAACUCUUCACCUCCCUCAUAGGUGUCUUCAUCUCACACAGCAAUGUUGGCAUCGGGACCAUUGUGGGCUCAGCAGUGUUUAAUAUCCUCUUUGUCAUUGGCACCUGUGCCCUCUUCUCAAGGCAGAUACUCCACCUGACAUGGUGGCCCUUAUUUAGAGACAUCUCAUUCUACAUUGUUGACUUACUGAUGCUCAUCCUGUUUUUCCUAGACAGUGUCAUUGAUUGGUGGGAAAGCCUCCUUUUACUGACUGCCUAUGCCACAUACGUGUUCACCAUGAAACACAACGUGUUCCUAGAGCAAUGGGUGAAGCAGGAGCUGAUAAAGAAGCUAAAUGCUGUGCAGGCAGCAUCAGCAGAGCAUAUACAGAAGACAAGCACAAGGGCAGCUGUAGAUGAUGGAACAGUGAAGCCACCAGAAGUGAAGAAGCUGCAGCCCGGGCCAACCCUGCAGCGGGGCAGCAGCUCGGCCUCCCUGCACAACUCCCAGAUGCGCGGCACCAUCGUCCAGCUCAUGAUCCACACCCUGGACCCCCUGGCAGAAGCAAAGUUUAAAGACAGGGUUGACUUUCUGAGCAACAUGGCCAAGGCCAAGGCUGAGACCCUGGAAGGACAAGGCUCCCAGCCAGAAGGGGAAAAGAAAGCACCAAGCACCGUCCAGGUAACUCCUGGCACUGACUCUGAGCCCAGCAAAGACACAGAGAAGGCAGACGUGCCCCAGGAUGGACAGCCCCCGUCAAGCAGUGACACAUCAGACGACAGCAGCUCUGACACCCAGGAGGACAGUGAUGGUGACAGCACAGAGGGUGACGAAAACGAUGAGCCCUUAUCUCUGGAAUGGCCAGAAUCAAGGACAAAACAAGCAAUUUACCUUUUCCUCUUUCCCAUUGUCUUCCCUCUCUGGAGCACUCUGCCUGACGUCAGAAACCCAGAGUCCAAAAAAUUCUUUGUCAUCACAUUUUUUGGAUCCAUCCUCUGGAUUGCUGUGUUCUCUUAUCUCAUGGUGUGGUGGGCUCACCAGGUUGGUGAAACAAUUGGGAUUUCAGAGGAAAUUAUGGGGUUAACCAUACUGGCAGCAGGCACAUCCAUCCCUGACCUCAUCACCAGUGUCAUCGUGGCCCGGAAGGGCUUGGGGGACAUGGCUGUGUCCAGCUCCGUGGGCAGCAACAUCUUCGACAUCACUGUGGGCCUGCCAGUUCCCUGGUUCCUUUUUUCCAUCUUCAAUGGCCUCAGCCCCGUGGCAGUCAGCAGCAAUGGUUUGUUUUGUGCAAUUGUUCUCCUUUUCCUCAUGCUCCUGUUUGUGAUUCUCUCCAUUGCUGUCUGUAAAUGGAAAAUGAACAAACUACUGGGGCUCACCAUGUUUGCUCUUUACUUCGUGUUUCUGAUCAUCAGUGUGAUGUUAGAGGACAAGAUAAUUUCCUGCCCAGUAUCUGUAUGACAUGUGGACACUUCAACAUGUGUGAGGAUCCAGCAACAUGGAAAGGGGGUUGAGGUAGCAGUUGUUGUACUGAAAAAAAGCAACCAGAAUUGUAACAAACUUACUGAAAAUAAGAUACCUUUAACAUGCUAAAAAAUAAA